GAUGUCUUGCCCUCGCUCAUAGCCGCUCAGCUGUGUUUCGCGGUGUCCGAAGGCAAAAGUGAGAAUCUCGGUGUAGUAUCCUACGAUGCUGCGUGAUGUGGUGACAUUGUUUUUUAUUUGUUCUGGACUGGCCGUUACGGGAGCAUUUAAGGAUGGAGAUAAGGUAAUGCUUUAUGUGAACAAGGUUGGGCCGUACUUCAACCCUCAUGAGACCUAUCACUACUACCAGUUGCCCGUUUGCCGACCGAACAAGAUUGUGGCACGAAGUUUGACACUUGGGGAGGUUCUGGAUGGAGAUCGCAUGGCGGAGUCCCUGUACGAACUUGACUUUAAAGUGCCAGUGGAGAAAAAGGUUCUCUGCACAGUGCACCUGUCGGAAGACGAGUUUAAGAAACUUAAGGUUGCCAUUGAAGACCUCUACUACUUUGAGUUUGUCAUAGAUGGCCUCAGGCUCUGGGGAUUCAUUGGUCACCUGGAAGAGGGCGGCCUCAUUCCGCACAAGCACAAGCUCUACCUGUGGACGCACCUGACCUUCAACAUUGAGUACAAUGGCGGACGUGUGAUGUCGGCCAAUGUGACCGUGACCGACGGCACCGCGCUGCUGCUCAACGACCUGGUGGCGCCGCUGGACAUCACACACACCUACUCGGUCCGCUGGCUGCCCACCAACGUCACCGAGCGAGAGCAGGCGGGCAGCGCCAGCGCUGCCUCGGGCCACGCUUUCUUCCCACAGUCUCUGGAGAUCCACUGGCUCUCGGUCCUCAAUUCCACCGUGCUCAUCGUGCUGUUGCUGGGUUUCAUUGGCAUCAUCCUCGCUCGUGUCCUGAGGAAUGACUUUGCCCGCUACAACGCGAUGGACAGCAAGGCGGAAAUGGACGUGGAAGAGUACGGCUGGAAGAUCAUCCACUCGGACGUUUUCCGCUUUCCCGCCUACAAGAACCUCCUUUGCGCCAUCUUGGGUGUGGGCACCCAGUUCCUGUGCAUUGCUGCUGGCGUACUGCUCAUGGCUCUCUUGAGCCUGUUCAACGUCCACAACCACGGCUCCAUGAACACGGCCAUCUGCGUCUUGUAUGCACUCACUUCCUGUAUUGCUGGCUUCGUCUCCUCGAAGAUGUACCGCCAAAUGGGAGGCACGAGCUGGGUUCUCAACGUCAACCUGGUGUCCUGCCUCUUCUUUGCUCCAUUGUUUGUGGUUUGGAGCAUCCAGAACUCCACGGCGUGGAUCUACAAUUCUACUCAGGCCCUUCCAGCAACCACCGUCGUGUUGCUCUUUCUCAUCUGGGUCUGCUGUGGCUACCCACUGACCCUGAUGGGGGGCAUCUUGGGCAAGAACUGGGCGGGCCCCUUUGAGGCCCCCUGCCGGGCAAAGCUGAUUGCCCGCGGCGUCCCCCCCGUGCCUUGGUACCACUCCCUGCCCGUCCACUGCUUCGUCGGGGGGUUCCUGCCUUUCAGUGCCAUCUCGGUGGAGCUGUACUACAUCUUCUCGACGGUGUGGGGGCGGGAGCACUACACGCUGUACGGCAUCCUGCUGCUGGUGGCCAUCAUCCUGCUGAGCGUGACGGCCAGCAUCUCGGUGGCCCUCACCUACUUCCAGCUCUCGGCCGAGGACUACCACUGGUGGUGGCGCUCCGUCUGCACGGGAGGGUCGACAGGUCUCUUUGUGUUCCUGUACGCCCUGUUCUUCUACUUCUUCCGCUCCAACAUGGGGGGUGCCUUGCAGGCCGUCGAGUUCUAUGGCUAUACCAUCCUCACGGCCUACAUCUUCUUCCUCACCCUUGGGACUGUGAGCUUCUUUUCGGCCUACAGGUUCGUGCGCUACCUCUACACCAGCAUCAAGACGGACUAAGCCGUGCAAGGCGCACCCUGCGCAGCCGGCCGGAGUCGGCUGCAUCUGGUCAUGCUGGUCUUGUCUCGGCUGGGCCGGCCUCCCUUCCUCUCCGUCGCCGUCGGAUUUGUCUUCGGCUUUUCGGCCAAAGUGAGAUGCGAGGCAGCGUGUGUUUGUGUGUUUGAGGCGGGCGUUUUAUUUCGUGGUUUGGCUCCUUUUGUUUGCGGUGGAUGGCGCUGUGUAAAGGCGUCCGGUGUCGUGCUCAGCAGACAGUUUUUCAGUCUUGGGUUGUUGACGUCUGGUGGCUUUGUGGACACAAGUGUUGUUGGGUGCCAUACUGAGAUUGCGAGGUCCUUGUCAAAUUGUUUUUGAAGGUAAAGACCCUCUUGUUUUUACUUUAAAGGGCACUGAAGUGGUUGUUGUGUUUUGUCUUUUUAUGGUGCAAACUUAGUCUGUCUACUGCAAGCAUCCUAAAAAGUCCAACGUUAUGAUCAUCCAUGACCUUUUUUUUCUAUUAAAAACACGACCAAGCUGUUCAUGCCCCUUUUUUCUAAGAUCUCAGAAAAAGGGGAAUGUCCUUACGUUUGGUAAAAUUUUUAAUAGGCAAGAAAAGCCACAUGGUUGUAAAUUUAGAUACAGGAGGAUGCCUAGGGUGUGUGGACUCAGUGAUUGCCAUAAAAAUAUGAACACAAAAACCACUCCAGUGCCCAUUUAAAACACGCAUAUAGAACCGCAAAUUGAAUGGUUUAUGCGGUAGUGAAACAAAAUGUCAUGUGUGUAUGAAAAUGUUUGCAAAGAAGUCUGGUUUUGCUUGUAAUUAAUAUUUUAAGUCAACAAAAAGGUAUUUUGGCUGCAGUGCUUUUUGCGUGAGCAAGUUACUAGUUCCACCGUUUUGGCACAGCUGUGUUGACUCGCAUUUCAAGGCGGUGCAACUUCAGUAUUUUUCCAAGGCUAGUCAUAACAAAUCUCGCUCAGCUUUCAUAGAACUAUGCCUUGAACAGGGAUCAUUGUGUGUUCAUCAUUUAUUUAGAAUUGUUUAUAGGGGCCAAGAAAUUUCUUUGUUGUGCAACUUUUCAUAUUUGAGCAAAUGGUCAUAUCCAUGUCUGCUAGAGUUGGUGCAAAUGUUGUUGAACUGUGUACUUGUCAUAAAGAGCUGCUCACAGCACAUUGUGACUGCAAGGAAUGCAAUAUGUACUAUUGUGUGGUUGCCCUUAAUUUAUUUAUUCUGUUUGAACACUUUUGAGAUUGAUAUUAAAGUUACGAAUAUUCAUA